AUGGCUGGCAUCCUCAGGUUUGAGGUACCUGUGUUAGCCCAUGCAGUGGAGGAGAAGGAGCUGGUUCCUCUGGGAGCUGUAGUGGGCCUGGGAUGUGUGCUGUGUGAUCCAGUCCAUAGGUGGUUUUUCUAUGUUGUUCUAAAACAUGUCUUUUUUUUUUUUUUUUUUUUUGGGAAUAUGCAUGGGAAUGAAGCUGUUGGAAGGGAGUUGCUCAUCUUCUUGGCUCAGUACUUGUGUAAUGAAUACCAGAAAGGAAAUGAAACUAUUAUCAACUUGAUCCAUAGCACACGUAUCCAUAUCAUGCCCUCUUUGAACCCAGAUGGCUUUGAGAAGGCAGCAUCCCAGCCCGGUGAACUUAAAGACUGGUUUGUUGGUCGAAGUAAUGCCCAAGGGAUAGAUCUAAACCGGAAUUUCCCUGAUCUUGAUAGAAUAGUCUAUGUUAAUGAGAAAGAAGGUGGCCCAAACAACCAUCUGCUGAAAAACAUGAAAAAAGCUGUGGACCAGAAUCCUAAGCUUGCUCCUGAAACGAAAGGUGUCAUUCACUGGAUUAUGGAUAUUCCCUUUGUGCUCUCUGCCAAUCUUCAUGGAGGAGACCUUGUUGCAAACUAUCCUUAUGAUGAGACUCGGAGUGGCAGUGCUCAUGAAUACAGCUCCUGCCCCGAUGAUGCUAUCUUUCAAAGCCUGGCUCGCAGUUAUUCUUCUUUUAAUCCCGCUAUGUCCGAUCCAAACAGACCACCAUGUCGUAAAAAUGACGAUGACAGCAGCUUUGUGGAUGGAACAACUAAUGGUGGCGCAUGGUACAGUGUCCCAGGAGGAAUGCAGGAUUUCAAUUACCUUAGCAGCAACUGCUUUGAAAUCACAGUGGAGCUUAGCUGUGAAAAAUUCCCACCUGAAGAAACUCUGAAAGGCUACUGGGAGGACAACAAGAACUCCCUUAUCAAUUACAUUGAGCAGAUUCAUCGAGGGGUGAAGGGGUUUGUUAAAGAUCUUCAGGGCAAUCCAAUAGCAAAUGCUACGAUUUCUGUGGAGGGGAUAAGCCAUGACAUUACAUCAGCCAAGGAUGGUGAUUACUGGAGAUUGCUUGUGCCUGGAAAUUACAAACUUACAGCCUCAGCACCAGGCUAUCUAGCAAUAACUAAAAAAGUGGCUGUGCCCUUUAGCCCUGCAGUUGUGGUUGAUUUUGAACUGGAGUCAUUAUCUGAAAGAAAAGAAGAGGAGAAAGAAGAGUUGAUGGAAUGGUGGAAGAUGAUGUCAGAAACACUAAAUUUUUAAAUUAUAAUUUUAACUUUAGAGCGUUUAAUCUAUUAUAUGUUGACUUAGUAUAAUGUACUGUGGAAAGUCCCUAUAUUCUAGGUUUUGUGCACUUCACAACAAUUAACUUUGAAUUUUUCAGUCAUCUUUUGAUUAAUAUGAUUACAAAUAACUACUAGCCUCCUAGCUAGAUAAAUAAGUUAUUAAUUUUCUUUCAUAUUGUUAUAGAAAAUUUACUCUUGUAUACAAAUCAGAAAAAAAUGAGUGAAUGUCUCUGCAGCCUAUAUGGAAGUACAAUCUGUUGUGUAUUAUUUGCAAAUUCAGAAUAUGUAGGUUAAAUCUUGAUUUUAAAACAGAAAUAUGCUGUAGUCAAUUCCCAAUACUGCCAGAAAUACUUGACAGUGCAUAGUAGUAGACAGAGCUCUUUACUGAGUUCUAUAAUGGAUGUUAAUGAAAAGAUUUAUAAUAACAGUGUGUGGUGUAAUAAUAUUUACAAGGAUUAAAAUUCAGUAUAACAUUUAGUAUGUCUCUGGUGUUUGGGCUAUUUAAAUAUGUAAGAAGCAUAAGCUGACUUCAUUUUAGUAAGCAGAAGGAAUCUGUGUAAGCUCUUUUAUUAAAGAUGCCAUGGAGUGAAUUCAGGAAAUAGCAGAGCUUUAUUCCUUAAACUGUUAAUGAUAUUUCAAGAUCAGGUUUUAAUUAUUUCUUAUUACUUAUUAAGCAAAUUAAAAAUUCUGAAUGGGCAAAGAAGAGCUUGUGCAUCUUGUUAAUAUGCUGCUUGUGUUUGCUUUACAGCAAGAAAAAAAAAGGCGGUUUAGGUGAUGUCUGUCUUAAAACUGCCUUUCCAACAAUCUACAUGUGUCAGCAGUGUUUAGAUAAUCAGUCAGAAGUUCAUAUGUUCACUGAAAGCUACCAAAACAUCACAGUUUAAACAAUAAACUGGAAGUCUACUGAGGACAUGCAUUUAGUCUCAUAAGCCAAGAAUGGUUUUGUUUCCAACUUUGUUUCUUCUACUGGUUACUCUUAUCUAAAACUAAAAGCAAGAUAAGUGAUUAUUUUUUUUUUCAGAGCAGUGAAAUUUUCCCAAAAUACUUGAGGAUGAUACAAAAAGCAACUUUGAUAUAAAAAGUUCCUUCUCGUGUUUUUUGUUAGUAUACUUGAAUUAACUUGCUUUAGUAUUUUGUCUGAGUGAAAUUUAAAGAGUCAGAGAAUAUGCAUGAACCAUAGUGGGUGCAUGUUUGGGGAAAUUCUUCUUAAACUACUGCUGGUAUGCUUACUUGAUAGUAGCUAAGCAUCUCAUCUGUUUGAAAUCUUACACAAUAUAGAUUGUCUAUUUUAAUUCAAGAUCAGAUGUUUGAUAUAGAUUUCUUUCCUCUGUUUCUUUCUUAUCACUGUCUGUGUUUUGAUUAACAUUAUUGUAGCUGAUGCUAUAGGAGUUCAGUACCAUUCAGAAUCAACCCACCAUGACUUACCAUUCUCCGACCGUAAAUGAAAAAUCACAUGUUCAAGUGUAGGAUCCAAAUUUACCUCCUUUGGGUAUUUAGAAAUCUACCGAAAAUGCUGUUUUCUGGGAAUCUGAAAUUCUUUAGUAAAAAUAGCUCUUGAUCUUUUAAAGUAACAGGCUUAAGGUUUGACACAUUGAUAAACUGAACAGCAAUAAAAAGUCGUGAGCUUUCUCUCUCUGAUUAAGGCUUUGUUAUGUAACUUGUAGCUCAUUGGAGUCAUAGAUAUUUAGUUCCAAACUUCAGGGGAACUUCACUUGCUGUAAGUCAUUAUGCAAUGAUGAACUUUGAAUCUCCAUUGUGAUGAGGAACUCCUGUGUCAAACAAGGAAUCAUAUCUGAACAUGUCUUGAUAGCAACUUGUGGCUAGCUGUGCACGAGAGUAUGCUUAAAGGAUGCCCGGUUACACACCAAAUCAGGUGUUCAUGACAAUUUGAACUGCUAAGACACAUAGCACAGAAUACACCCUGUGUCUGGAAGUAAUGAUACUGUUUUCAGCUGAACCAGGUAACAUAGAAGCAAACAGUAUGAAAAAUUAAUUAUAACAAGAGACUGCUGGCAUGUGGGCAAAUGGCUACAGGAGUGUUUCUGUAAUAAGGCAAGUGUGUAUUUGUAUAGAACACACUGCUCUGCCCCUUCCAAACCUAACAAUUUAAAUCCAAAUGAUAUUAAUACAUGGUGUGAUGCCUGUCAUGCAUCCAGUCUUCCUGUGUGGUGGAUUGUGUGGCAUAGUUAUUGCAGACAUUACAUCAAAAUGAUCUUGUAACAGAUUUUUAAUCCAUACUUGUAUUAUGUGUGUGAGAUCCUCUGGUCUAUUGUUUCAUGAAUUUGCAAUUAAAUGUGAUGUCCCUUAAAUGAGCUCUUCGUUUUGCUCUAGAUGACUGCUUGCUAUUACUGUGCUGAGAACAGGUUAAAGUGAUUAAAUGUUACAACACCAGAACCACUGCCACUGUUCUUGCUGUAGGUAAACCUCCUUAAGAACAGCAUAGCCAGGACUCUCAACAAAUUAAUUCAUUAUGUAGCUUUCCUAGCUGAACUGAGCUGUGUUGUAGGACUGUGUAUGAUUAAAUGGAAGAUUAAAGUGUUGUGUGAUGCUGAGCUUUUGGUUAAAAAGGCACAUGCUGUACUAUUGUACAAUAAAUCUACAGGUUUAUUUAAAAUGUAAAA